ACGUUAUCAAAAAAUUUAUUCAUAAACUUAUGAAUCAAAGAGAUUUAUAUAUUAUUUACUGCAUGUGUAUUUUGAAUCUUCUUUCUUGUUUUGGCAUAUAUCAGAAUAGUUUUUAUUAGAAUUUUGGAGUGAAUAUGUUGGAUUCGUUCGAACUUACGAUGGCAUAUAUUAUUAUUCACUUGUUUAUCAUUUUUACCAUAUUUAUGUUAGCAAUUGCUUACCUGGCUAUGUGUUUUGGAUCUUCAAUAAAUGCUUAAAAAAAAUCAACAAAAAUCAAGGCAGUGUCGGGAUUGACAGCGGUUGCCACUCAAUUUGUUUUCGACUUCCAAUAUAAUUCAAAUCUCUGAAUAUGUCCAAACAAAAGGAGAAUAAAUGGUCAAAUUAUGCACUUAGAAUAGUUAUAAAUACAGCAUCAUACCCAUUUGAAUAUGCCAAAGUAUUAAUACAGAUUGGUUAUGAACCCAUUCCACCUCGGCCUACGACUACAUUUUUCGGGAAGCCAGCCCUAAAACUGCCAAACAUUUUUGAAUAUGUUAAACACAUUAAAUCAGUUGAUGGAUUCUCCGGCUGCUACAGAGGCUUGGCUCCCAAAGUUUGUGGCAGCUUGCUAAGUGCUGUGGUGACUCAAAAAAUCAUUGACUCUAUGGAACCCGUUGAAAAUGAAAAUGACAAUGAACAAGAGGAGCCUGAAGAAGUCAGGUGGCAGAAAUUUAUAAAAUCGGUAAAAUGCGACUUGUUUACGCAUUCCGCUGCCAUCAUUAUAAGUCACCCCUUCCAUGUUAUGACAGUCAGGAUGAUGGCUCAGUUUGUUGGAAGAGAAACUAAAUACAAUGGAUUCUUUGGAGCAGUAAGACAAGUGUACCAGCAAAACGGGCCACUGGGGUUCUUUAGUGGUCUGAUCCCCAGACUCAUUGGAGAUGUGGUUUCAUUAGUUUUGGCCAGUAGUUUGACCUAUGCAAUAAACACUUACUUGGUGGAAGAAAGAGAAAUGCAAGUUUAUACAUCUGCAACUAUGUCUUUCUUGGCAACAGCCAUAACAUAUCCCUUCCAAGUAGUAUCAAAUUGUAUGACUGUCAGUAAUUCUGGCUUGGCGGCCGGAUCACCGGGUUUCAUGCCACAUUAUGGAACAUGGGUGGAUUGCUGGAGGGACCUGUCAACUCGCAAUCAAUUGAAACGCGGUUCUAGUCUGUUGGUAAGAUAUUACGUCGGACCACACAUCAUCAUUGGCGGCCAGGCAAUGCAAGUUCCCACGCAAUUGAAGAUGAAAUGAAACAAUUAAAUGACAGUUUAUUGUAGUUUUCAUUCAUUAAAUUGCACAAAUUUUUGUCAUUUUAAAUAAAUUAUUGAAUUGUU